AUGUCUAAUAAAGAUUGGUGGGGCAAAGUAAUCAACUUUCAUCAGAACAAAGAUUGUGUUGAGUUUCACAUACACAACUUGUUCUGUUACUUUCCCGCCGUGAUCGAGGCGAUAGAGACAGCUGGAGAGAUUUCUGGUCUCGACCCUUCAGAGAUGGAUAGAAGGAGAGUUGUCUUCUCUAGAAAGUACGAUAGAGAGUGGAAUGAUCCUAAGCUGUUUCAGUGGAGGUUUGGGAAACAGUAUCUGGUUCCCAAGGAUAUAUGUAGCCGCUUUGAGCAUUCAUGGAGAGAAGACAGAUGGAAUCUAGUUGAGGCGUUACAAGAGAAGAGAAAGUCCAAGAGCGAUGAGAUUGGGAAAACCGAGAAGCGUUUAGCUGACUUUCUGUUGAAGAAACUAACCGGUUUGGAACAGUUUAACGGUAGGCUCUUCCCGAGUUCGAUACUCGUUGGCUCUAAAGAUUACCAAGUGAGGAGGAGACUAGGCGGUGGUGGUCAGUACAAGGAGAUUCAAUGGUUAGGUGAUUCUUUUGUCCUGAGACAUUUUUUCGGAGAUCUUGAGCCGUUGGAUGCAGAGAUAUCUUCUCUGUUAUCGCUAUGUCACUCGAAUAUACUUCAGUACCUAUGUGGAUUCUAUGACGAAGAGAAGAAAGAAUGUUCUCUGGUAAUGGAGUUAAUGCACAAAGACUUGAAAAGCUACAUGAAGGAGAACUGUGGACCUCGAAGAAGGUAUCUCUUCUCUGUUCCCGUUGUGAUUGAUAUAAUGCUUCAGAUCGCUCGAGGCAUGGAGUAUCUUCAUUCAAACGAGAUCUUCCAUGGAGACUUGAAUCCCAUGAAUAUUCUUUUGAAAGAGAGAAGUCACACCGAAGGUUACUUCCACGCCAAGAUAUCCGGUUUCGGUUUGAACUCAGUCAAAACUUUUACUCGAGCUUCCUCUAGACCAACCACUCCUGCUCCUGUGAUUUGGUAUGCACCUGAGGUUCUAACAGAGAUGGAACAAGAUCUCAAAGGUAUAACAGUUCCGAGAUCAAAGUUUACUCAUAAAGCUGAUGUGUAUAGCUUUGCUAUGGUGUGUUUUGAGCUUAUAACCGGUAAGGUACCAUUUGAAGAUAGUCAUCUACAAGGAGAUGAGAUGGGUAAGAACAUAAGAAGGGGAGAUAGACCUCUCUUCCCAUUCCCUUCUCCUAAAUACCUCGUUAGUCUUAUCAGACGGUGUUGGCACUCAGAACCUAGCCAGCGUCCGACUUUCUCUUCCAUUUGCCGGAUACUCCGCUACGUAAAGAAGUUCUUAGUUGUGAAUCCGGAUCAGGGUCACAUCCAAAUCCAAACUCCGCUUGUUGAUUGCUGGGACUUGGAAGCAAGAUUCUUGAAAAAGUUCUCAAUCGAGACAGGGUCUCACGCGGAGUCCGUGAUGCAAAUACCGUUCCAGCUUUACUCGUAUAGAGUCGCAGAGAAGGAGAAGAUGAGUCCAAACUUGAGCAAAGAAGAGAGUUCGGACACAGGAGGUGAGUCUGCUUCAGAAAGCGUUUCGGAUCCACCAACAACAACGCCAAAGUAUACAAAGUCAUUGUGCUUAGAUGCAAUAUCUGAAUACUCAGAGUCUGAUACAAGAUCAAUUUACUCAGAAGCUCCUAAGAAAAAGAUCUCACCAGCUUCAAAGAAAAGUGGUGACAUGGCCAAACUCAGAAGAAACUCAAGCGCAGGUUUACGGUCAACAGGAUCAUCGCCAGUAAAGCCAAGACCAGCACCGAAAGUGACAUUGCCGUUAAGUCCGUUUGGAAGAAACAGCAAAGCCAGGAAGGAUACAAGGUUGCCUUUGAGUCCUAUGA